GCUGCUCCUAUAAACGUAACUCCGUGUCAUUUUCUCUAGGCUCAAUCCAAGUAAACAGCAAUUACUCUGCAUACAUUCAGGACAGAAUGCAACCGCCUCUUCCAAACGGGUCCACAGCUACCUCAGAAGCCCCCAUAGCGGGAUGCUUUCCUGCCCCCAAUCCAGGAGAAUGCUUCUGGCAAACCCAACCUAACCCGAAGGCUGACCAUCGCUCGACAAAACAGUUGCCUGAGCACAGCGAUAUCGUGAUAAUUGGCGCUGGAUACGCCGGUAUUGCAACAGCCUAUCAUCUUGUGAAAGACCACCAGAAUGUCAAUAAAUCAAUCACCAUUCUGGAUGCGCGAGGAGUCUGUUCUGGCGCGACGGGUCGCAACGGUGGUCAUCUCCGACCUGAUUUCUACGGUCAUAUCCCCACAUACAUUGAUCGUGCUGGCGGACGAGCAGGCGCCGAGAUCGCAGAAUUCGAGAUUGCUCAUCUGCCGGCGCUCAAGGAAGUCAUUGAAAAGGAGAAGAUCGAUUGUGACUUUACGUUAACGAGAACGAUCGAUGUAUGGUGCAAUGCAGAGGCAGCCGCAAAGGCAAAGGCGACAUUCGACAAGAUGGUUGCCCAGAACUUCGAAUACAUGAAUGAUGCUAUUUUCUAUACCGGCAAAGACGUCCAAGGCAUCUGCGGCGUCAAGGGCGCGGUCGCAUGCGCAUCCUAUACGGCUGGUACCGUGUGGCCGUACAAGUUCAUCAUGCAUCUUACCGAGUGCCUUCUUGCGACCGGCAAGAUUAAUCUUCAGACAUAUACACCUGCAACAUCAAUAACCCCUAAUCCAAAUGGUGACUAUGUUAUCGAGACGCCCCGCGGGAAGCUGCACGCGGGCAACAUCAUUCAUGCGAACAAUGCCUACGUUGCUGGCCUUCUCCCAGAAUACGAAAAGAAUAUUAUCCCAUGCAAGGGUAUCUGUUGUCGCAUCACAGUACCCGAGGGAACCACGGCGCCUCUCCUUAACAACUCAUACAUUAACCGGACUGAAGACAACACACUGUCGUAUUUGAUCCCCAGGGCCGAUGGCAGCAUUAUUGUCGGCGGUGCCGCUGCCAAAUUCCGACCAUUCAGAGAUCAAUGGUAUAACAAUGUUGAUGACAGUGUCCUGAUCGACUCGGCAAAGGACUAUUAUAACGGCUAUAUGCAACGCACAUAUAACGGAUGGGAGAACUCUGGGGCUAAGAUAGAUAUGAUCUGGACGGGAGUUAUGGGAUACUCCUACGAUUCAAACCCGCACAUUGGUUCGGUCCCCAACAAGGACGGCCAAUUUAUCAUCGCUGGUUUCAACGGUCAUGGCAUGCCAGUGAUCUGGCUAGCCGCUAAAGAGCUGGCGAAGAUGGUCGCACAGGGGACGCCAUUCGAGGAGACCACCAUGCCUCGAUUAUUCAAGACAACACAGUUUCGUAUUGACCGGGCAAGGGAUGGGAAGGAGGAGGAUGGUGAUAUCUUAGGCACUGGCAAUUUCCCGGCGACGAAACAGUAAUGCUUUUGCGUGGCUAUAGGGAUUUCGAGCAUGACUCUGAAGAUGUACGACUUAUUCCUUUGGCGGUGGUUUUGAAUGCAUGCCUCAACGGGUUAAACAUAGGUUGCUUUGAUCACUUAGUUUGAAUUUCCUUCUUUUCAACCUUUUUGCCUUCCCUUUCUGCUCUUGAAACCUGGAAAUAUAAUAGGGAUGUCGGCACUUCCGAGCGAUCCUCAUAGCUAAACCAAGAUAUACUUCAUCUACA